ACGCUACCCCCCUUCUUGUCGUUCGCGUCGCCAGAGAAAGAGAUUCUCCUUCCUCAGAGACUUUAUCGGUCCGGAGGGUGGUCGCAUUGUUCCGUGAAUGUAAACGCGCCAGCAGCAUCCACGGGGGGCAUCACGGCGCGGAUCCUGUCCCGAAUCAGUUGAUCUUGCUCGAUCGUACGGUCGUUUAUGCGUACGGCGGUCCAUCGGCUGUGCUCCGACGACGGUGCGUCGUACGUUGCAUUAUGUUCGCGCACGACGCGGACGGUGCGCGCGUCGCGCCCCGCUGCUAAGAUAUGCUCGUUGACGGCGUACUCGCGACCGGACGAUGGUGAUGCUCGUCGACGCGGUACCGUAUUCGAGGUAGAGAGGAUACACGUGGUGAGUCGCGGGCAGCCGAAACCAGCAAGAUGUCUUGGAUGUCGGGAUGCUUCCCAUGGUCGGAGAGUAUCAAGAAGAGGGCCAGCAGAUACCUGCUGCAACGUUACCUCGGCCAGUUCCUGGAAGAGAAGCUGACGUUGGAUCAGCUAAACAUCGACCUGUACAAUGGCACCGGUCGUGUCACCAACGUCAGUCUCGAUGUGGGGGCGCUCAACGAAUUGGGGGAACAGCAGCAGCUCCCGCUGAAAUUCAUGGACGGUUUCAUUACGGAAGUGUCCAUAAGCAUCCCAUGGGCGGCACUGCUCAGGGAGGCGAGCUAUGUGGAGGUGAAGAGUCUCAGGCUCACGGUGCAGCCGCGACAGAGAUCCGACACAGGCACGUCGAUGUUCGAGUCCAUGUGGAGUUCGAUGACGUCGAGUAUGCAACUGGCGCAGGAGUGUCUGCAACAGGACCCGACCAACGCGACCAACACCCAGCCUUUGGAGGCGGUGGAGAUGUUCGCGCAGACGAUAGAUUCGAUUUUGUCCAAAGUGAAAGUGAGGUUCACAGAUACUGUGAUACGCCUGCAGCACCUCCCUCAGGACUCGUCCACGGGAGUGGCGAUAGAAAUGUACAUAAAGACUCUCGAAUAUACGGACGAGGCUGGAUUGGAUCCCAGUAGCACGUCCUUGGAUUGCAAGGAGUCCGCAAAAACGUACAUCAUCUCGGCGUUCACCACCAAGCGGUUUUACCUGGACGGAGUGAACUUCCACACCGACGAGUUUCCUUCGCACACGAGAACACUGUCCAAGAGUAUGGCGGAAAGCACGUGCUCCACGCCUGAUUCUAAAAACUCGGACAGUCUGUUUUCUUCCGCGCUAAUGUCUCCUACGCAGAACGCGCCGCACACUCCGCCGGAGGGAAAUACCGCUAAUAAUGCGAGCGAGUCGAAUCCUAUCAUGUUUGCCAAGCUGGCGGGUAGACAAGAAGUGAGAUUAAAGAUAAAGCAAGAGGAAGGAGUAUCGGGACCAAAGGUGGAACUGGAAAUUAACUUGGGAUCUCUCACUCUGUUCCUGAGCCCCAGGCAACUUCACGUCCUGUUGGAAUUAGCGCACGGCCUAGCGUCCCCGGGUCGAGAAGACGUCAGUAACGUCGUGCCGAGGAGCUUCAUGGAAAAACCUAUGGCCGGCAGCGACUUUAGUCGCAUAGAACACGAACUCAUCCAUCAAACUUAUCCCUCACCGGACUUGAGAAGCACGGAUUUACGGUACACUCAAGGAUGGUCCACGGACCCUGUGGACGAGUCUGACAACGAAGACGAAUUCUUACCGAUGCAACUGCCGGGCUCGAUGAGCGGCUCAAUGAUGAGCAACAAUAUCAGUAUGGAGGGCAGCAUAUCCACCAGCAGCGUCAGCUCGAAGAGCUCAACGACGAAUCUGUCCAAGCAGAACAAGCACAGGUACAAUGCGGACAACGACACUUCGGCGGAGACAUCUCAAUUUCACAUGAGAAUGUCCUCGGUCGCUCUGGUUCUGUUGCACGAGGAUAUACUGACACCGUGCGUGGAGGGACGGUUCACGGUCGGUCUCACCUCCAGUAGCAUCAAGCAGAUGGGGAGUAUCGCGAAGGAAUUCUUCAAGCAACUGGGAAUGUUCGCGACAGGGGGCUACGGAAGCAAAGAUUUCGACAAAGUGUCGAAAUUGCUCGUCGACGCCUGUCGGCUCAGUCAUAUCAGAUUACUAGCCGCGCCACUAGUCGUCGAGGGAAACGAGAAGACUACCAGUCAGUUCUCCACGAUAUCGGGAAACUUGACUUUAGCUUGUUUGGAAGUUGUCGAGUGCCUGGUCGACUCCACCAAUCCCGGUUCGUACGGAACGCCGACGAUGGAAUUCGUCGAACUGCUCGGAUUUUCGAAGGAGAACGCGAGCGAACUUGGCUUUUCCAAUAAGACGGACUUUAGAAUGAGAUUCAAGUACACGGAGAAGGCUGUCCGGCACGCUCAUUCGACGCGAUUUACACACCCACGCACAGAGAUCGACAUUCAGCUGGAACCAUGCAGGAGCGAAGUGGACAUGACGAUUAUAGAUAGGAUAUCUGCUGUACUGAAUCCGCAGCCGAUAUGCAAUCCUGUAGUGAAUACCAGAGAUGUGAAUCAGCAAACGUCCUUCGAUCAGGCUGUGGACAGCACAACACUCCCAGACUCGAGGGUGGACGUGAAGAUAUCUUCCUCGUCGUGCACGGUUAAACUAAGGUUUCCCGUGCCGGAUCUAAGACCGCUGCACGAUAUGAAUCGCGCUCCGUGGUGGAAGAGAUCGGUGAGGCCCGACUACAUAAUACUGCAGAUGACGGACGCACAAAUUCGCUUCGGCACGGAGAGCCGGUCGCACUGUCUGGCGAGGUACGAGUUGCAGUGUCGCCGAUUGUCUCUUUCGUACGUGGAGACCGAAGGGGACGCUCCGCUGGAGAUCGGUCGAGUGACGGCCGACGAGAAGAGCGACGCUUCGUAUCAGCAGGUGAGCGAGGGCUUCGGCUGGGCGAGAGUGGUGAUCACGACGUAUCCGCGGCGUCUCGGCGCACAAUUGGAGGACAGCUCCGAGGGAGAGCCCGACUCGAGUUUGGACGAGAGCCUGGAGAAAACGCCGAAACACGAGCCUUCCCCGUUUAGCUCGAAGCGCGUCAUUCGCGAGUCCGACACGCCUCACUCGAGGUCUCACGAGCAGACGGAGAAGCAGAGCGAAGGCGAGGAGCUGAUAAUCCCCGGCAAUCGGCAGGAGAUGUUGGAAUUCAUGGAGGAAGGCACACGCGACUCCAGGCUGCAGCUGGACAUCAGUCUACCGUGCGUUUCCCUGCAGAUACCGUCGAAACGCGUUUACGAGCUGCUGUACAACCGAUUCAACACCGAUCUCUUCCUGUGGGAGCCGUCGGCGCCGAAACCCAGAUGCAUGUCGGAGACUCACGUCGGCCUCGACCUGGCGUCGACCCUCUUACCGGAGUCCGGCUCACUGCCCAGAUUCCGGAUGUGCAAGAGCGGCGUUCAGUGCUCGGACUCGGACUCGGACGACGAGGACGCGUUUCACUCGACGGAGGACUACUACAAAGAGCGGACGUCGAGGAAUCCGAUGGAGGCGCAGAGCAGGGUGGCGGUGACCGUGAACAUAAACCAGGGUCUGCUGGCGAUGCGGACGCCGGUGCGCGAUUCCACGCGCAACGUCAUCCCGAUGCAGCACGGCGAGGUGGUGGUGCGGCUGGAGGACGCGACGAUAUUCUCGGUGACGGGGUUUCGCGGCGACGACGAUCUCGGCUACAUGUGCGGCAUGGCGAGGAAGGUGCGGCUGAACCACUGCGGCCUAGCGAGCAGCUCGUCGCAGACGGCGGCCUUGCGAUCGGUGAACAGCGCGACGCCGCACUGCCACGACACCAUCUAUCGCAGCGAGACAGGGUGCAGCGCCGGCGGCAACGACGCGGACAUGGUGACGCUGGCGGUGAGAAUACAAGCGGCGCAUCAGACGCACCGCGUGAAGACGUUCCGGGUGGCGGUCGGCGUGAGGAAUUCCACGCUGAGGCAUCGGAUGUGCUCGAACGCGACCGCCUGGUACACCCAGCUGAUCGAUUGCCUGGACGUGGCCGACCACCCGGUGCCCGGCUACGCGCCGCCGGGCGUCCUCACCGAGCUGCACCUGCACCUGUGGGAGUGCGCGGUCGACUACCGGCCGCUCCACCUGCCGCUCAGGUCCGUGCUGACGCUGGGCAACUUCAGCGUCUCGAGCAACAUCGCCGCGCAGACGAACACGUCGACGCUGCGCUUCAUCGCCGAGGAGGUCGCGCUCUUCGUCUCGGACAAGACGUCGGGCAAGUGCGUCGACCUCAGACGGGACUACGUGUGCGCGGUGAACCUCGGCCUGUUCGAGCUGUCGCUGCGGCUGAACGAGAAGAUGUGCGGCGGCGCGCCGCGCGUCGAUCUCCGCGCGAGCAACAACGUGCUGCACGUGCGCACCUGCUCGGACUCGGGUCGCGCUCUCAUGCAGCUGCUCAACUACAUCGCCAGCGACGGCGACCUGCUCCCGCCAGCAGGCGCCCAGCAGCCGCCGGGUCGCGGCUCGCCCGACGAAGAGAGCCUCGUCGACGUGGAGAGCGUAAACACCCUGAGCAGGAGCCAGGUGGAGCGGGUCUACAGUCUGAUGGAGGACGCGCUCGAGGAGAAGGGGGCAACGGCGGCGCGCAACGUCGACGGCGGGACCCCGAUGACGGAGAAUCGGGUCGAGGUGUUCUUCUUCCCCGACGAGGCGCAGAGCACGGCGCGGAAGAGCGCGGAAGAGCGCGCGAAAACCACCGUCGACACCGUCGAGUCCGACGACGCCGACGAGGAGUUCUGCAUCCUGGGGGAGGAGGCCGGCGUGGGAAUAAUGCCGCGCUGCGGCGUGCCCGAGGUCCGCUGGCUGUGUCAGGAAUCCCUGAGGAUAGUCGACAACCACUUUUACGUGCCGGUCGGCAAAGCGGAUCUGCUGCAGGCUCCGCCCAACUUCCCCGCGCCCGUGCUCAAGUACACCCUCUGCGAGAUGACGCUGAUAUGGCACAUGUACGGCGGCAGGGACUUCGAGGAGGCGGCCUGCCAUCAGAAGCACGUGACCAUCAACGAGAACAACGCGCGUUGCGUCAACCACGGAAGAAGCAGAUCCGCCGUAGGUGGGGUGAGCUUCAGCAAGUCCAGCUCGAACGAGGUGCAUUUCGGCAGCGUGCCGAAUUCACCGUGCGCAACGAGAAGCAGGGAAUCGUUGAUCGACUGGCAGACGCUCGGCGGGCCGGCUCGACGGCACGACGUGCUGAUGGAGCUGCAGCUGAACAAGAUCCGCUUUCAGCACGAGGUCUAUCCGGAGAACACCGCGGAAGCGUCCAGGCAGGUUCUCUUGGUGAACGAGAUCGAAGUGAGGGACCGACUGGCGUCCUCGCGUAUCAACAAAUUCCUUUAUCAGUACAGCAGUGAGGCGAGACCGAGGCAGUCUCACGCCAAUAUGUUUACCAUGAAGGCGGUUCACGUAAGACCGGAUCCCAGAUUAAGCGCUCAAGAGUGUUGUUUGAAACUUAGCCUACUGCCACUGCGACUGAACAUAGACCAGGAUAGCCUACUGUUCUUAAUACAAUUUUUUAACGAACUAGGCGGUGGUGGAUCGAAGCAGAGCCAAGAAAGCACACCCUGCAAUAGCUCGCGAUCCACCCCCGUAUCGAAACAAGGAACACCCACGCGUCAUCCGCCCGUUAUGAGCGUGAAUGAUGAUGCGUCGAUGAACGACGCGAUGAUGAAUAUGUCGCGGAAUGAUAUUAUUGAUCAGAAUUUAUUGAUACUGCUGGAGGACGAACUGACGAUCAAGGAGCACAAGACGAAAGCCAAGACCGUCUACGAGGCGUACGACGACAGCCAGCCGAUAUAUUUCAGGUGCGUUCGAUUGCGCUCGAAACAGUGCCUUGCGAAACAGCCCGUUCUCUCCGUUCGCAGAAGCGUCGUGUUCUCGCCGGAGGUUCUCGUCAAACUCGACUACCAGGGCAAGCGCGUAGACCUCACCCACGGACCGUUGGCCGGCCUGCUGAUGGGCCUGGCGCAAUUGAACUGUUCCGAGUUAAGACUGAAGAGAUUGUCCCACAGAUACGGACUCCUCGGAUACGACAAGCUGCUCGCGUACCUUGCUUCGGAGUGGUUGCAGGACAUCAAGAAGAAUCAACUGCCGGGUUUGCUCAGCGGCGUAGGCCCGAUGUACUCGGUGGUGCAGCUCUUUCAAGGAAUACGCGACCUCUUUUGGCUGCCCAUCGAACAGUACCAAAAGGACGGGAGGAUCGUGCGCGGCUUGCAACGCGGCGCGAACAGCUUCACGACGUCCACCGCGAUGGCGGCCUUGGAACUGACCUCCAGGCUCGUGCACGCGAUACAGAGCACAGCGGAGACCGCCUACGACAUGGUCAGCCCCGGUCCCAGCGUGAGGUACAGUAAGAAUAAAGGGCAGAAAGGCCGUCGAAAGAGGCACGGUCAGCCGUUGGACAUUCGAGAAGGGGUGGCGAACGCCUACAUCUUGGUCAAAGAGGGUCUGGGCGAGACCGCGACGCAGCUGGUCCGUGUGGCGAGCGAGGAGCACCAGCACAAGGGUGUAUCCGGUGCGGUCGGCGGGGUACUGCGACAAAUUCCGCCGACGGUCGUCAAGCCGAUCAUCCUCGCCACCGAGGCAACCAGCAACGUGCUGGGCGGCAUGCGCUCGCAGCUGGUGCCCGAUGCGCGCCGCGAGGCCGUUCAGAAGUGGCGGCAGGACUCCGACGCGAGUUAAUCGAGCGCGCCGCUCUGCUGAGAAAUCUUCGUUACAAUUUCCUCGCGGAAGAAGAGACGCCAAUCUGUACAAUCGGAUCGAUCGAUGGACGCACCGAAGCAGAGGAGGAAAAUACGCGAGUAUCGUCGUUAGGCUCUAAUUACGGACAAUGUUAUAUAUACAAUAUUAACAUAGUGUAAUAUAUUUCUAUUCCGUUGAUUUUCUUGUCUAAACGAUUUGUGUAUGUGUGUGUAUACACGCAUGCAUAUAUAUAUAGAGAGAGAGAAUUGCGUCGCAAAAAAAUACAUUACAAUGCUUGUAUGUAUUUUUAUUUUAAUUAUGCGUGUGCGUUUUAUACCAAUGAUAUGUAUA